AUGGGCUUCAAGUUUCCUCGUCGUACCAGCUCCGAGGCUCCUAUCGGUGGUCGCCCGAGUACACCCUCGUAUCUUAAACCCGGAAGCAUAACCCUUUCGGCCUCCCCACUCAAGUCUGGCUCAGUCAGCGAGGAAGCUCCCAGAAAGAGUCGUUAUGAACAGCUCUUCAAGGAUCUCGAAGAAUGUCAAGAACGUGCAAAGGCUUCCUCAUCCGGACUGUCAUCAAGCUCUGCUGAAAAUCUAGGCAAGCUUAAGAAGAGUACAACGUUGUCUGCCGCAGCUCCUGCCUUCGUCCCUAGCGGUAUGCCUACCUUGGCCGCAAAGCACAAGAUUGGUGGACUUAAGAAUGCAGCUAGAUCUAAGCUUGCUACUGGAUCUAAGAUUCUGACUGGACCCAAGCUCGCUACUGAACCUAAGAUCUUGACUGGACCCAAGCUUCCAACUUGGCCUAAGCUUCUUACUGAGCCUAAUAUCCCAACUGGACCUCGCGACCCCAACCGUCCCAGAAACCCGUUCGCCGUUCUUGACGCUGUUCCGACUGCUCUUAGUCGUCCCCCUCAUCCCCACGUCCAGGUCUUGAUGCAGAGAUGGUUCGGUGACGAUAAUCAUAAUCGCGUCCAAGACGGCAAUGCUGUUGGCUCUCAAUUAGAAGGUCACUCAGGAGAUGGCAUUGGUUAUGGUCAUCCUGGUGCUUCUGCUCCUCAAGUCCAGUAUUCUGUGCCCCCCUAUACUCACACGGAUCGAGUAGUCUCUUCAGGCUUGACAAUCAUGUACUCCCAUCCCGUGAGCCAAGCAGUUGACCCCCGCCAAUCAUCUACCCAGGCGCCGGCAAAUCCCAGCCUUCCUCCAAAGGUUGUGUCCAACCGUAUCAAGUCAACAGAAUUCUCAACGGUUCGCAGAGAUAAAACCAUGAAGGAUCUUAUCAUUUACGCUGCUGGUGUAGUUCGUAACGCCAUCCUAAACUCCAAGGUAACCUAUUCCGGUGGCCGUGUUUUUGAGAAUAUUGUCAGAAUUUACGAUCACAAUCCAUCCACCUACAACCUCAUCAAUGAACUCUACGUUCUCAGUGAGGAAGGUCAGAUGGAGUUCUUGAGCAAGAAUCAUGUUGAGAUUCGAGUCGACAUUCCGGCCGACUACGAGAACCCUGCCAAGUCCGUUGACGUCGAUGAACAAAACGGCUACAUUGAUCAUGACUACGGCUAUACCCCCCCUGCUGAACGUACGGUCAUCGACACGAUCUACUCACUCGACCCAGCCCUCUUCGCCUACACUAAGAACUUGACAAUUACCCUCGUCUUCCCGCGUAACCCUGCUAACACCCCUCUGAACACACCCAUCUACCUCGUUCCCGCCGACGGUGCCCCAGUCCACGGUGCCACCUGGCGCUUGCUUGAGAAGUUGGUCCUGUGCGUCGAUGACUUCACCUCCCUUAAGAACCUGACCAUCCUCCUGCACGUACCCUCCAACACUCGCAUGCCCCUGACCCUGCCUCAACUCUACCACGUCUUGCCCUUCUACGACCUCGAGUUCAAGAACUGGGAUCUCAAGUACCAACCCGAUAACCUGACUAUGAACCUCACGGUCGAGGGAUGGAGCAUGGAUCAACUUGAUCGGGAGCGUGACCGCGUUGUUAGGGAUAGGAACAAGGCGGCUGCGGAGGAUCAUGUACUUCUCCGGGAGGAGCAACGAAAGUAUGAGGAGGCAGUACGAGAGUUCGAGGAGCAACAGCGCAAGCGCAUUGAGAAGCAGAAGGAGGCGAAGCGAAAGCGUGCAGAGCAACAACGUAAGGUCAAUGAGGCUGUUUUCGUUCAGGCCGGUAGCUUGCUUCCUCCCAUCGACCUCAAGAAAUUGAAGAAGGGCCAAAGAGCUACGGAGCAUGGUAGUGUUGCUAUGAAGAAGGCUGCUGCUCAUGGCGCUGCUAAGGCGAAGAAGGAGAAGGGUGGUAAGUGA